AUGCCUCCUUCCAACUACUUAGCGAUUCUCCCACUUUUCUUCUUCCUCUUUAGUUCCUUAUUCUUCCCAACAAAAUCAACGCCAAUUUACAGUUCCCAUGUAUGCACAGACUCUAACAAAUACCAACCAAACACCACAUUCCAAACCAACCUCAGCCUCCUCCUCUAUUCCCUGUCUUCCAACGCCACUCAAGGCACCCAAUUCUACAAAACAACAAUUGGCAGGGACACCCCCAACGCCGUCAGAGGCCUAUUCCUCUGCCGCGGCGACACCCUUGCCACCGCGUGCCACCACUGCGUCACCACCGCAGCAGCGGACCUAAAACACCGGUGCCCUGCUGAGAAAGAGGCCAUAAUCUGGUACGACGUUUGUAUGGUUCGCUAUUCCAACCAAAACCUCAAUAGCAUCGUACCCGGAGUGGACAUGUCUGAUUCCAAAAACGUGACUAGCAUUAACCUUGAUCGAUUCAACGAGUUGCUCGCGGGAUUGCUGAAUUCUCUGGCAACGAAAGCUACGAAUUCGGCAGAUGUGAAAUUUGCGACAGGGGAAGUGAACCUCACGAGUUCGGUGACCCUUUAUGGGUUAGUGCAGUGCACGCCAGAGUUGUCCUUGUUCAAUUGCAACAUGUGUUUCAGAAGUGCCAUUGCGUAUAUUCCGAAUUGCUGUGAUGGGAAACGAGGGGCAAGAGUGUUGCUUCCAGGAUGCAAUAUCAGAUAUGAGGUGUAUCCAUUUUACAACAGCACUAACACAUUGGCCCCACCGCUUGUGAAGUCUCGUCCUUCAGGAAGGAGUCGUGUUGAAGUGAUUCUUACAUUCUUUAUCCCUGUUGUUGCUGCAAUGGUGCUUUUCACUUUUGGGAUAUUUACUGUCAUGAGAAAGCAAGCAAAGAGUGUGAUACAAUUAUGGAAGGAAACGAAUUAUUCUGAGGUGUAG